AUGACCAAGUCCCUCAACCCCCUGACAAGCCCUCAACUCACGGCGGCCGCCACAGCAGCCCUAGACCAACAAGCGCAAGCGCAAGACGUCCACAAAAAACGACCCUUCACCGCCAUCCUCCUAGCACCAGACAACGAAACGAUCCUGUUAAGCUCGAACUCCCUCUCGCACGUCCGGCACGCAGAAAGCGAACUUGCCCGCAACGCAGCAGACAACUAUGACUGGGCCUACCUAUCGCGCUGCACGCUCGUGUCGACCUGGGAGCCGUGCGCGAUGUGCGCGGGCGCCAUCUACUGGGCGCAUAUCGGGCGACUGGUGUAUCUUGCUUCGGAGGCGGCGUUGCGCGAGGUUGUGGGGGAGGGCAAUGAGGAGAAUUUGACGCUGGAUUUGCCUUGUCGGCGAGUUUUUGAGAAGGGGCAGUUUGCGGUUGAGGUUAUCGGGCCCGUGGAUGGGUGGGAGGAGAGGGUUGUUGCUGAUAGUCGGCGGUAUUGGGGGUAG